AUGGAAUCUCUGUUGAUAAACCUCAAAGAACAGGUUACUUGUGCAAUCUGUCUAGAUAGUUUUACCGAUCCCAAGACAAUAACCUGCCUGCAUACAUUCUGCUGUGACUGUUUGAAGAAACACGCACUGAUCAGCCAAAGGAAUGGAAAGUUUCGCUGCCCCGAGUGUCAAGCUGAAGUCGAUCUUCCCGAAGCAAACUGUUUCGCCAAACUACCGUCUAGUUUCCAUCAUAACAGGUUGCUCAGUCUUCUCGCUGUUCGACAGAGUGGCGAUGGCAACGAAAUCAGUUGUGGCAUUUGCAAGAAAAAGAGCGCAGAGAUAAGUUACUGCUUCGAAUGCGCUAAAUUCAUGUGCAGUGACUGUGUAAACGCACAUCAACUGUUUACAAACCUCACUGAAGGACACAAGGUGACGCCAGUCAAACAGUUCCAACCUCAAGACUACGAAGCCCUGAUGAAGAGGCAGUCAUUUUGUUGGCAGCAAUAUCACGAGCGAGAGAUUGUAAGAUUUUUCUGCCUCAAAUGCAAACUGUGUGUUUGCCAAAUUUGCAUCGCUACGGAUCACAAGUCACACGAGGGCCAUGAUGUGGAACUACUGGAUAAAGUGGCGGACGGCGAGAAAGUCAACAUCCUAGAGAGAGCCAAAAGGUUAAAAGAAAAGACCAAACUUUACAGCGAUGCGAUUUUCAAGCUUGAACAAACAGAGCUUGAGCUGCAUGCAAAUAUUACUAAUGUUAAACAUGAAGUUUCCCAGACAGAGGAACAAAUCAUUGCCAAGAUUCGUGAAAGUGAACGCGAGAUUAUCACCCAUCUCGAGAACACGCACGAGACUCGAUCGGAAUUGUUAAACUCGGCAAAGACACAAGUACAGUCCUUGCUAAAGCAGGUCAACCAAGCAGUCGAGUUUGCUGAACAACUCGUGCAAAAAAGCUCCAGUUCGGACAUAAUGCAGAGCAAAGCAAAACUACAGCAGCGUUACAACGAACUUGAAAACGCUCCCAUCCCAGAACUUCCGGCCAACUCCUUUGCGAAGUUCUUCCCGAAUUUGGAACUAGAAAAAUUAAGCGUCGGUUUUGUAGCAACAAGUGAACCGAUCAUCAAGGGACUGAAUCAAGAUAUCCAAGCUGGUGUAGAAUCAGAGUUUGAAGUUAACCCUAGAAUCCCUAAAGAAAAAGCGGAAGGAGUUAAAGUCAAAUUCCAGUGUGAGGUGCUCGUGGAACCCGCUGAGAAGGUAGGAAGUUUGAGAACGUACGAGAAUGAAGAGACUACACUGGUGAAGUUUGUAGCUAAAGUUCCUGGUACUUUCAACAUCACAGUCAAAAUAAAUGAGACGGUUCUUUCAACCAACACUGACCAGGUGAAACAACGGCUCAUUCAGGUUUUGGGGGAGUUUGAAUUAAAAAACGAAACGUUUGAAAAACCGCUAGGGUUGGCUGUAAACAGCAAAGGGCAAAUUGCUGUUGUUGACAGCGAAAAACACUGUGUUCUCAUAACUGACAUGGAAGGAAACUGUCUAAGAAAAGUUAGUUACUAUGGAAACAAGGAAGGACAGCUAAAAAGUCCAAGCGACGUUACCUACCUAAAUGAUGAUAACAUUCUUGUGGCGGAUGAAUUAAAUCGUCGCAUUCAACAAUUUAAUGUUCAAACUGGAGACUUUGUGAAGAGCUUUGGGAAGAGAGGGACAAGAGACGGAGAGUUUCAGAAUCCUGUCAGUGUUUGUGUGGAUGAUGAAGGACGCGUUAUCGUGGCCGACUGCCGUAACCAUAGAGUCCAAGUUUUAUCACAGGAUGGUGAACCUCUGUUUAAAUUUGGAGACAGUGGACCAGAAAAACUUGGCCCCUUUGGAUGUAUUUACCAUGAGAACAAGUUCAUUGUUUCUGACUGGGAUGAUAAUUCUGUGAAAUUUUAUGAUAGUACUGGAAAGUUUUGGUAUAAGACAAGAGAACCACGUCAGGGUGAUGAACGGUUGUACUUGAAGGGUCCAAGGGGACUUUGUCUCCAGAAAUGUGGCGAUCACCAUAAUCUUCUUGUAUGUGACAGAGACAAUGGUCGUGUUGAUCAGUUUACAUUGGAGGGUUGUUUUACUGGGAAAACUGAUUAUAAGUUUAAAAGUCUCACAAGAAUAACUACAACACCGGAUGGCCUUAUUUUAACUUCGGACUGGGUGGCCAAUAAAAUAUAUAUUCUAAAAUAGUACGUGAAAAACCUGUCAAAGAGAAGCCAGCCCAAACCGGAACGGAAAACACUGAGAUGUACUCACUAAAAAGCUAUUUCGCAAAUAUAGAAUAGGGGCACCCAACGAGAAUAUAGUUCAAAACCACUUAAACAUAGCAUUGUUAAACGUGUUUUAGUAUUUAUACGGUAGAUAAAUCUGUUAUCUGUUCGGAGUCUAGUGAUCCGAAAAAUAUAGGGAUCAAAACUAAACUUUUCGAAAAUUUCAGCCAGAAAAAAGGUUCCUGAAAAUUCUAGGUGACCACCUUUUUAGGGUAAAAAUCCGUUAAAAAUGGACAAUUAUACCAUUUUUUAGAUGUUCGAAAAUCCUAGGAGAGGCAGGCAAGCAAGAAAUUUUACAACAAAUGUUCCGAAAAUUCUAGGUCUCAAAUCGUCUUCCGAACAGAUAUUUUCCGAAAAACGGACGUUGGGUGCCCCUGAAAGAAUACUUCAUAGAAUGUUCUGCGCUGCGGAAUGUGCUCAGUUUUUCGACAUAACAGGAGUGGAAAAAUUACGUUUUACAACUUGUACGAGUGGAAAGUUGAUUCGAUUCGACAGAGUUGUACAGUGGAAAAGCAUCUCGUUAAGUCUAGCUAAGAAGAUGCAUUUGUCCGCUCUAAAACGCUGUUUUUCAAGUCGAAAAUCAUUUGUAAACAGUUCACGUCACUUAAAAUUUUGGCAGCUGACAUAGAAGUGAGAAGUCAUGGAAGUCAUACACGGUCCUUUUCCACUUUAGCACCACGUACGCGGAACCACCAUACAGGCCACCGCAACUAUGAAAAAAAGAUUUAACCUAUGCAAAUUAUCUUUCAGAGCUAACACAUCUUUCUAGUAUCAAUAGAUGACUCUAGACUUGUACACAUCUCUCAGUUAUUAAAAAAAAACCAGCCGGCGAGAUUGUGAAUAAAAUAAACGCUUACCACAUUUAUUCUAUUAAACGCCUCGGCGUUUAUUGAAUUUUUUGCUAUUCUAGCGAAGCGUUUAGUCGAAGGCGGCGUUUAUUUCAAAAUCACGUUUUCUUAAAUCAUUGACAUCAAUUACGACAAAUCAUUUUUAAAUAUCAAGUAAAACAGACAGAUUUUUAAUCAUGUUUAAUGUUUCAAUGUCUCGCGUUUUUUUUUUCGGGAGAGAAUCGUUAUUGCCUGGUUGAUGUACAUUACAAAGUAGUGCCGAGUUUUCCUUAUAAGCCUCCGAGGGUGGCGUUUAUUCGAGUAAUUACGGUAUACGAGUCUACGACGUGCUUUAGUGAACUUUUCCGUAUGUACAUUUCUAUUUCUACGGAUAUAUUUUUCUCAUGGUAGUUCUAGUUUGUAAAUAAAAGCUGUUAACUUAUAUCAUAUCUGACGCGGCUAAAAUAUUUUAAUAUUACCAAUUUACAGAUUAUUUCACUAUUUUACAUAACAGUGUAAGAACAGAAAGGCUCAAAUGUCUAGAGCAAUUUACGAUAACCUUGUUCAUGCAAUAUACGAAUGAUAUUGCAUAUUGAUAUGUUAGCGUGAUAACUGUACAUAGUUUCUGCUUACUAUUAAAUGUAGAUGUAGAUGAAGAUAUUAAAUGAGUUUAUAAAUGUCCAUGAAAGAAACGGAUUCAAACUUUUAGAAUUGCGGCUGGCUUCGAAUCAUCUUAUUGUUGAUCUCAGUUGAGGCAACAUGUAGUCGCGGCUUCAAUGGCAAAAUCCUCGUUACACAUCCCCUUUCGCUGCGGUUGUUAAGACCAAUUAGAACAGAAAAUGGGACUGGCCCCCAAUAACAUGUUCAAUGGAGGACAAUCAGACGAACUUGUAUUUGAAUAAAUAACCGCAGAGGACAAUCAUUUGUCCGACAGCUUUACAUGACGACCUUAAUAUCUCGGUUUACUUAAACUUUCAAUAUAGUAUUGAGUAUUCAGCCUUUAUUUAUUUUGUGAUUUUCUUCUCUGUGCCGGUGACCAUCCCUGUGCUCUUGCUGUUGUUUGGGCUGCUUGUGUUUGUGGAGUUACUUUAACAGUACCUAAGGGUUUGCCUUGAAUCUGUAAGAGUGCCGGGAAAAAAGAGUUCACAUCCGUAAAUUUAUCCCUUUUAGUGUAAUUCAGUCUGAUUUUUACAAACCCCUGCAGAAAUGCACAUCCCUGAUACCUAAUAUUUUAAGUCUGAAAGUUCAUCAGAUUUCAUGGAAUCCCGUUCAUUUUGAACCUCACAGGGAAAAGAAAAUUGGUCCAAAUUCUCGGGAGAUUAGAAAAACGAGGUUGAGGAGGGGGACAAAAUAAGUGUUUGACUGGAAAAGUGAAGUUACUUUAGGUUCGAUUGAUAUAUUGAAAGAUUCUGUUCAACAAAGCGAGGGUUCGAGAAGUCACGGGGCGUUGGGAAAUAAGGGUAUACGACUGAGCGGUUAAGUCUGUAAGUAUUUCACAAGAUGAGUUCUCUUAUUUGAUUCAUCCCACCGAAAAAUGAAGGUAUCGACCGUUCGACAUUGACAGUCCCAUUGUCCGUUGACAUACCUGUUGUAGGCCUUGAACGACUUGAGCCUGUUGAGUAUGAAUCUGAACCGGUGUAGUAGCACCUCUUGGUGAUUGUACAAUGGUCUGUUGAAUCUGGGCGGGGCCACUUUGUUGUGGGAACNCAUCCGUAAAUUUAUCCCUUUUAGUGUAAUUCAGUCUGAUUUUUACAAACCCCUGCAGAAAUGCACAUCCCUGAUACCUAAUAUUUUAAGUCUGAAAGUUCAUCAGAUUUCAUGGAAUCCCGUUCAUUUUGAACCUCACAGGGAAAAGAAAAUUGGUCCAAAUUCUCGGGAGAUUAGAAAAACGAGGUUGAGGAGGGGGACAAAAUAAGUGUUUGACUGGAAAAGUGAAGUUACUUUAGGUUCGAUUGAUAUAUUGAAAGAUUCUGUUCAACAAAGCGAGGGUUCGAGAAGUCACGGGGCGUUGGGAAAUAAGGGUAUACGACUGAGCGGUUAAGUCUGUAAGUAUUUCACAAGAUGAGUUCUCUUAUUUGAUUCAUCCCACCGAAAAAUGAAGGUAUCGACCGUUCGACAUUGACAGUCCCAUUGUCCGUUGACAUACCUGUUGUAGGCCUUGAACGACUUGAGCCUGUUGAGUAUGAAUCUGAACCGGUGUAGUAGCACCUCUUGGUGAUUGUACAAUGGUCUGUUGAAUCUGGGCGGGGCCACUUUGUUGUGGGAACUGAACCAUUCGAACUUGGAACUGAUGCUGUUGUAACUGUGUUCCGAUUGGUACCAGAGGCUGGAGGUUUGUUGUAGUGCGAUUUACAGUUGAUGUAAGAGCGGCUAUGGCAGUUGGUGAAGAUCCGGUUGCUAACAAACAAAAACAAAAACUUCAGCUUCUAAAAGCUAGCAAAUUCACCUUACUGACUCAGCUGGUAAAAUAGGAGAAAAUAUUCUUUUAAUUCCGUACCCCUCCCCUCCCCCACCUGUUCCUCACAACACAACCCGUCUUUUCUCCAAGUAACUAAAGGAAGCAGGAAUUCAAGACAACAACCAGUUUUUACGACGCACUAGUCUCCUAUGUAGCAAAAAACGUUCGUGAAGUAGCAUGGCGGGAAGACCCAACUAACUAGUAGCGUACCUGCGCUGAUUUUUCUUUGCUGUUGUUGUUGCUGUGGUAAUAUGGGCCUCGUGUUUAGUGUCACAGUAAUCAUCCCUGAGGGAGGGGAGAGUGGGGUGUCUGGCAGUAUAGGCGUUGGUUGCCCAGUAGGGGUACCUUGAGGAGAGGUUUUUGUCUGAAUCCGUGCACUUAUCGUAGCACCACCAGCUGAUUGUAUGUGGGUUAUUGGCACCAAGUUACCUGGAAUCUGUUAAAAAGGACAGCAUCCGUCAGGCAAGUUCAAUGCAUUCUCACAUUAUUUUGUCUGAGACUGUGCUGGGAGAAAAUUCAACGGUGCAACAAACAAUGAACUAACGAUCCAUCGUGCGAUAGUUACGAUAGUUUUCAAUCAACAUCUUGCAGCCCUCUUUUCUAACUAAAAGAGGUACAUUGUUUCCUGAACUGUGGACUAGUAACGAAUACAUUCCCAGUGGACGCUCGCUUAACAAAGGCCUAGGGACUCGUUACGAGACAUGUGAGUCCGCAGGCGAGAAGGCGAUAGAACUAGACCAAGACAACAGAAAAAAUGGGGGGAGGGACAAACAAAAGAGCCACUAAAAAAGGGGGGUACAUCAACUCCACCCCGCUCCCCCACGAGGGGCCUCGACGGCGCAUGAAUUUAAUCCUCCCCGCCCUAUCUAGUGUUUAAUCAUACACAGAAGGCCACUUCCAGGUAAGAAUUCCAAACACAUACCUGAAAUAAAGCUCUCGCUAGUAAUUAGCCAGAAUCAAGGCCAGUGUAACCGAGCGAGCACUGGGAAUAGUAGAAUUUGUCCAUGGUUAAUAGUUUCUAAUUCUUCGCAGACGUCAGUAUCGCGAUAGUAUCGAAAUAAUAGUACUCCUAAUAUAGAAUACUAUUGCAAUAGUAGUUAAGCUAUCAUGAUACUAUUGUAAUAGUCAAAGUGAGCUCAAUAGUCAACCCUAUUUGUCCUCCAAGUCCUUUAGCUUACGACGUCCUAAUUUCGCAAGUGAUACCUAAGUUAUUUACAGUGAAAGUUGUAGAUGGUGAUCUUGCUUGAUGCACUAUCUGUGCUUGUUGAGUUUGUACGGUUGAGGUACCCUGCACACACAAACAAACAAACAUAAGUUGGGGUUUAGUUAAAGCAUACAUCCCCCAACUCACGAUAGGGCAGUUAUUCACUUUUGCAUGGAGCCAGACGGUGGGUUCGAUGAAUAGACCUUUUUACCGAUACGGCGGCCAUAUUGAAUUUAUUCGAUUUAAGGAGUAUGACAGGAUGCCUAGGGGGCAUGAGCACAUUUCGUUUGUAUUCUCGAGCGCUUUUUGGGACAUUUUUUCUUAAAGUUUUCUUAGAAUAAGGUUGUAAUGGAAAAAAAGAUCCUUGUGCCAUGUUUGGAUGUAAUAAUGAUCGCCUUUUUCUAGUUUAGUAUUAGAAAUAUGUUCUUUCACUGUAUAUAUUUCUCGGGAAAAGGCGAUUAUUAUUACAUCCAAAGAGGGCACAAGGAUCUUUUUUCCCAUUAGAAUUUUAUUCUGAGAAAACUUUAAGAAAAAAUGUCCCGAAAAGCGCUGGAAAAUACAAACGAAAUGUGCUCAGGCCUCUUAGGCAUCCUAUAAUACUCCUUAAAUGGAAUUAAUUCAAUAUGGCAGCCGUAUCGGUAAAAAGGCCUAUUGCUAUGAGGGACUCAAUGAGGGACUGUUGGAUCAUUGUAUGGUUCUGGGAAACUGCCCACCUACCCCUCUUCUAAGCCAACAUUAACACUUAGUUCUGACUUAGGGCAAAAUGUUGGCAUAGGGGAGGGGUAGGUGCGCAGUUUCCCAGACUGAGCGUAAUAUGAUUCGGACUGUUUUGGGAAACAAAUUUUGACAAAGUUGCCUGUGAAACUUCCAGAAAAAAAAUCGAUAGCAUUCCUGAAAUUGUCUCGUAUUUCACUCCAUUUACCGUAUAAUUCAACCAGUGUCAACCUUUUUUUGUGCGAAGGCGGUGUGAACAGUAUUUGAUAAACUCUGCCGGAGGAAGCUGUGGUCUUGAAAUUUUCUAGUUGCUUAGUUACUGCUCUCGUUGUUUCUUCUUAAAGGUGGAUCUCCUUUGACAGAUGACAAGUUACAAGAAAGUCGGUGAGAAGAGGCAAAGAAGUCAGAAAUCUGAUCCAGANCUUGUGCCAUGUUUGGAUGUAAUAAUGAUCGCCUUUUUCUAGUUUAGUAUUAGAAAUAUGUUCUUUCACUGUAUAUAUUUCUCGGGAAAAGGCGAUUAUUAUUACAUCCAAAGAGGGCACAAGGAUCUUUUUUCCCAUUAGAAUUUUAUUCUGAGAAAACUUUAAGAAAAAAUGUCCCGAAAAGCGCUGGAAAAUACAAACGAAAUGUGCUCAGGCCUCUUAGGCAUCCUAUAAUACUCCUUAAAUGGAAUUAAUUCAAUAUGGCAGCCGUAUCGGUAAAAAGGCCUAUUGCUAUGAGGGACUCAAUGAGGGACUGUUGGAUCAUUGUAUGGUUCUGGGAAACUGCCCACCUACCCCUCUUCUAAGCCAACAUUAACACUUAGUUCUGACUUAGGGCAAAAUGUUGGCAUAGGGGAGGGGUAGGUGCGCAGUUUCCCAGACUGAGCGUAAUAUGAUUCGGACUGUUUUGGGAAACAAAUUUUGACAAAGUUGCCUGUGAAACUUCCAGAAAAAAAAUCGAUAGCAUUCCUGAAAUUGUCUCGUAUUUCACUCCAUUUACCGUAUAAUUCAACCAGUGUCAACCUUUUUUUGUGCGAAGGCGGUGUGAACAGUAUUUGAUAAACUCUGCCGGAGGAAGCUGUGGUCUUGAAAUUUUCUAGUUGCUUAGUUACUGCUCUCGUUGUUUCUUCUUAAAGGUGGAUCUCCUUUGACAGAUGACAAGUUACAAGAAAGUCGGUGAGAAGAGGCAAAGAAGUCAGAAAUCUGAUCCAGACAGCUUGUGAUGACAUUGAUAGAUAAUUAUACCUGUGGAGAAUGUAUUUUAAACAAAAUAUUGAAUGAACUGAAUGAGGAAAAACGUGAAACAUUUCGUGCUAACUAUUCUGCAGUUUUACUAUUUUUUUAAUUUAAAAUUGCCUACUCUUAUCAGUGUACUUCCAAGAUCCCUCCUCAAAAGAUUUCGCUGGUGUUUAAAAGAGUUACCUGGUUAGAGAAGCUACAUUUUUAUUUAUGAUGGGGAUGUUUGAUUUGUUUGUUUGUUUGUUUUUGAAACAAAACUAUGAUUCUUUGCCCUCCCCUCUCUCAUUCCCAAAUAAGACUUACAACGCGCGACCCUCCCCAAAUCUCUAACCGUCUUUCGUUCUCCUAAAUUUAAUUCUGAAAAUAAAACCUUACUUUAUAAACUUCCUCUCCAGGGUCGAAAAACAGAUUGUUUAAGAGUUAUGCUAGAAACAUUUAAGUACUAUUUUAAACAAGGCUUGUGUUUGCACGACUCCACCCCAUUCCUCUCGCUCGAUUUCUCGUCUUCACUGCUCAGGGGCGGAUCUAGGGGGAGGGUGCAGGGGGUGCGCACCCCCCCUUCUUUACUGAAACGCUUAAAGUUUGUCCACCCUCAAAGUAAUAUACAAAAAAAAACAAAUCCAUUAAAAACGCGCACAUCUAUAGCAAGAUUUUAUAUUUGUCUUUUAUCUUAAUGUCAAUAUUCCCAGAUGCGGGAAAAACCGCAUCUAAGGUCAGAGGGUAGAUUAUUCCAAAUCUAGUUGGAUGCCUGUGGGUAUUAAGCAAAUCAAUGUUUUGUGACGCUAUAAAUGGUUCAAGUUUCCCGGAAUCUCAAAGAACAAGAAAGGGCGUUCCGUUGUUGAGCAAUCUCUCACAAUGGAAUCUCUGUUGAGAAACCUCAAAGAACAGGUUACUUGUGCAAUCUGUCUGGAUAGUUUUGCCGAUCCGAAGACAAUAACCUGCCUGCAUACAUUCUGCUGUGACUGUUUGAAGAAACACGCUCUGAUCAGCCAAAGGAAUGGAAAGUUUCGCUGCCCCGAGUGUCAAGCUGAAGUCGAUCUUCCCGAAGCAAACUGUUUCGACAAACUACCGUCUAGUUUUCAUCAUAACAGGUUGCUCAGUCUUCUCGCUGUUCGACAGAGUGGCGAUGGGAACGAAAUCAUUUGUGGCAUUUGCAAGAGAAAGAGCGCAGAGAUAAGUUACUGCUUCGAAUGCGCUAAAUUUAUGUGCAGUGAUUGUGUAAACGCUCAUCAACUGUUUACAAACCUCACUGAAGGACACAAGGUGACGCCAGUCAAUCAGUUCCAACCUCAAGACUACGAGGCCCUGAUGAAGAGGCAGUCAUUUUGCUCACAGCAAUAUCACGAGCGAGAGAUUGUAAGAUUUUUCUGCCUCAAAUGCAAACUGUGUGUUUGCCAAAUUUGCAUCGCUACGGAUCACAAGUCACACGAGGGCCAUGAUGUGGAACUACUGGAUAAAGUGGCGGACGGCGAGAAAGUCAACAUCCUAGAGAGAGCCGAAAAUUUAAAAGAAAAGACCAAACUUUACAGCGAUGCGAUUUUCAAGCUUGAACAAACAGAGCUUGAGCUGCAUACAAAUAUUACUAACGUUAAACAUGAAGUUUCCCAGACAGCGGAACAAAUCAUUGCCAAGAUUCGUGAAAGUGAACGCGAGAUCAUCACCCAUCUCGAGAACACGUGCGCGUCUCGAUCAGAAAUAUUAAACUCGGCAAAGACACAAGUACAGUCCUUGCUAAAGCAGAUCAACCAAGCAGUCGAGUUUGCUGAACAACUCGUGCUAAAAAGCUCCAGUUCGGACAUAAUGCAAAGCAAACUAAAACUACAGCAGCGUUACAACGAACUUGAAAACGCUCCCAUCCCAGAACUUCCGGUCAGUUCGUUUGUGAUGUACUUUCCGAAUUUGGAACUAGAAAAAUUUAGCGUCGGCUUCGUAGCAACCAGUGAACCGAUCAUCAAGGGACUGAAUCAAGAUAUCCAAGCUGGUGUUGAAUCAGAGUUCGAUGUUAACCCCAGAAUCCCUAAAGAACAAGAGCAAGGAGUUAAAUGCAAAUUCCAAUGUGAGGUGCUCGUGGAACCCGCUGAGAAGGUAGGAAGUUUGAGAACGUACGAGAAUGAAGAUGCUACACUAGUGAAGUUUGUACCUAAAGUUCCUGGUACUUUUAAUAUCACAGUCAAGAUAUACGGAAAGGUUCUUUCAACCAACACUGUCCAGGUGAAACAACGGCUCAUUCAGGUUUUGGGAGAGUUGGAAUUAAAACAAGGAACUUCUGAAAAACCGAGAGGGUUGGCUGUCAACAGCAAAGGGCAAAUUGCUGUUGUUGACAGCGAAAGACACUGUGUUUUCAUAAUUGACACGGAAGGAAACUGUCUAAGAAAAGUAGGUUGUCGUGGAAAGAAAGACGGAGAGCUAAACGGUCCAGAGGACGUUACUUACCUUAAUGAUGAUAACAUUCUUGUGGCGGAUGAAGUAAAUCAUCGCAUUCAACAAUUCAAUGUUCAAACUGGAAACUUUGUGAAAAGCUUUGGAAAGAAAGGGAAAAGGGGUGGUGAGUUUCAGAAUCCUGUCAGUGUUUGUGUGGAUGAUGAAGGUCGUGUUAUCGUGGCUGACUACUUUAACACUAGAGUCCAAGUUUUAUCACAAGAUGGUGAACCUUUGUUAAAAUUUGGAGACAGUGGACCAGAAAAACUAAGCCAACCCAGGUCGUGUGUUUACCAUGAGAACAAGUUCAUUGUUUCUGACCGGGUUAAUAAUUGCUUGAAAGUGUUUGAUAAUACUGGGAAGUUGUGGUACAAGAUCGGAGAAGAAGGCGAGGGUGAUGGGCAAUUGAAAUCCCCUAAAGGACUGUGUUUACAGAAAUGUCGCAAACACCAUAAUCUUCUUGUUUGCAAUUUUGACAAUGGCCGUGUUGAUCAGUUUACAUUGGAUGGUUGUUUCACUGGAAAAACUACUGAUAAGUUUAAAACGGGUCCCUCAAGAAUAACUACAACACCGGAUGGUCUUAUUUUAGUUUCGGACUGGAACGCCAAUAAAAUAUAUAUUCUAAAAUAG